AUGGAGCAAGGUCAAGAACCAUGUACAUGGUCAUACAAGGUCAACCCAGAAGGGAAAAACGACAUGGGUCAACUAUAUCAGUUGCUAGGCAAACUGCAAGCAGUCCAAAACCAUGGAGUGACGGAAAUUCAAGUAGUAGCCUUCGGCAAAAUUGAUAAAAUCUACCUUAGAAAGUGCGCAGAAGGUAUCUUCAGGGGAUCUGAGGUCAAAGUGCAAGUUAUUAUACCUAGAGAUCCAAGCCGAUUAGCACCUAAGUCAAGUAAGGGAGGACCAGCGACGACAACAGAGAAGAUUAUAAUCAAAUCUGAAGGAAAGCAAUAUGCUGACAUACUCCGUUCGAUCAAGAGUAGUGUGAACAUAGACGAGAUGGGUGUUAAGGUAAAAGGCAUUAAGAAAACUGCUAAGGGUGAUGUCCUUAUGGAGAUACUUGGAGAGAAAAAUCAAGUAAUCGCCCUCAGACAAGCUAUAAUGGACAAAGAUAAAGAUACCCAAGUCGAAAUUAAAAGAGAUGAAGGCAUUAUUCAUAUCGCGGACAUAGACGGAGAUAUGAACGCAAAACAGAUAGAGCAAGAUGUCAGGAAAAGCGUAGCAAACGCAAAAGAAGAUGACGUCCGAGUGCUCUCUUGCAGGCCAAACCAGAGGGGAAACCAAACUGCUACACUUGCGGUCAAAAGAAGAGUGGCCAGCGAAUUACUCAAAAUGGAUACCGUGAGAAUAGGGUGGGCACCGUGCCAGGUCCGAGCAAGGGUCAAAAUCACCAGGUGUUUCAAAUGUUUGGAGUUUGGCCACCGCACCAAUGAAUGCAAAGGAACCGAUAACUCGAAGAUGUGCCUUAAAUGCGGCAAGGAUAACCACAAGGCCAGAGACUGCCUUAACAAAAGCUAUUGCCUAACAUGUAAAAAAGACGGUCACAGAGCUGAUCAGACUGCUUGCCCUUACUACCUUAAGCUUGUAAAAGAAAAAUCAAAAGCAAUUAGUGACACCAGACGCAGGCUCAGCACUGCACGGGGUCAAAACUUUAGUGUUCAAUAUUAA